GGCCUUCCAAUCUCGUCCUCCUGGGUCGCAAGCAAGGUGAAGUCCUUGCCAUUGGUUGAGCAUCAUGGGCGAUGAGCUUCAGUCCAGAUGCUGCUGACGCUGCCUUGUUGGCCUGGGCGAAUGCCUGCUUGCAAAGUCAUAGUGAAGACGCAGCACCAACCCUGGAAGCUAUCGUUGAUACCAACUCCCUCUCAAUCAUGUGCAAAAAGUUUCAUCUCGGUGAUCCUGAGCAAGGAGCUCGGAAGCAAUCUGCCGCGCAGCGCCGCCGCCGAGUGGCGGAGGUGUUGAACUCCUGUCGCAUAGGCCUAGUUGAGCCUUCCAUGGCGGAGCUCGGAGGACCUGCAGCUGCUCGGAGCAUCACUGCCGCAAUUUUGCUGAUAGCAGUUGAGGCGCCAGCCAAAGAGGAGGCCAUUCAAGUCAUUGUCACCUUGGACCAAGCUCAGCAGGCCGAACUGGCACAGAUUAUCCAGCAACUCAUGGAAACCACAGGUUUGGACCCUCCGCCGGAGCCAGUGGAAAAGGUGCCGCAGGGACCGCCGGGUUCAUGCCGAAGCUCUAUGAGUUCCGCGCGACGGCGCUUCAGCGACGUUCAGCUUGCAGGCAAUGACCCGACAGAGAUCGAACCCCUGCAGGCUGAGGCCCGAGAGUUGCUGCAAGAACUGGAACAAUACACCAACGGCUUCAUGGAGAAAAAGAAGGUGCAUUCCUCCAUCGCAAGCAAAGUAGCAGACGCCAAGGCGCAGCUCUGUAGCGAAGCGGACCGUUGCGUGGAUCUGAUCCAGGAGCUUAAUGCCAAAGAUUCGGAGCAUCGCUCACUGUCCAGGGACUUGAUCAACCUCAAAGAGGAGUUGAAACAUGAGGGCAGCGCAGCAACCAGCAACUCAGAGGCUCUGAAAGAAUUGGGUAGCGAACUGGAAGAGGAAAGACGCCGCUAUCGCACCUUGGCAAUGCGGCACAUUGACCUGAAGGCUGAAGUUGAUCAAGCGCAGCACUCCUCUGCUCAGGUGGAGGCAUCGAGCUGGAAGAGGACUGCCAUGAUGGCAAAGCUUCACAGGUUGCAGGACAGGGUCCAUUGUGACCGCGGCCGCUUGGCCGAGAGCCAACGCAUCUUCUGGGCCGAAGAGGCAUGCUCAUCCAGCUUGCGAGAGGAGCUGGAGCAAGCGCAGGAGGUGUUGUCUCAACGACACACUGCUCUCUCAGCCUGUGAAGAGAGUGUUUCCAACUCUGAGGGCGUGUUGCAACUAGCAGAGUCCGAGCUCGACAGCUGCACCCAGGAGUUGAAGGCAAUGAGCUCUGAAGAUGUUGAUAGUCUGCAGGUUGAGAUUGAGAAGAAAAAGCAAGCCUUCGCCAGAGCUGAGCAGGGCACUGCGGACGCCAUCAGCCAACGGGCCACCAUUGGGAAGCAGAUCUCAGAGGUGAGUGCAUCGCUGGAGGACAACCGAACUGCGGCAGAAAGGGCUACUACCGAGGCAGUAGCCGAAGGUGUUGCUGCCAAGAAAGCCCUUCAGCAGUUGCAUGUCCUGAAUGAAGCUGCACCCGUGGUGCAAGGUGACCGCAGUCCUAUGGUGGAGAGCCAACAGGAAUCCCGAGCUGUUGCACAGACUGAGGCUUCCUCAUCCGGUUUGCGAGAGGAGCUGGGGCAAGCACAGGAGGUGUUGUCUCAACGACAAGCAGCUCUCUCAGCCCGUGAAGAGAGCGUCGCCAACUCUGAGGAGAUGUUUUCUCAGCGGCAAGCUGCUGUCUCAGCCUGUGAAAAGAGCAUGGUCAAGUUGCAGGAAGAGCUGAAGCAAGCACAGGAGGUGUUGUCUCACCGGCAAGUUGCUCUCUCAGCCUGUGAAGAGAGCGCCGCCAACUCCGAGGGCGUGUUGCAGCUAGCAGAGUCCGAGCUGAACACUUACACUUUGGAGUUGAAGGCGAUGAGCUCGGAAGAGGUUGAAGGUGUGCCUGUUGAGAUUGAGAAGGAGCACCAAGCCUUGGCAAAAGCUGAGCAAAGCGCUACUGCCGCUGCCACCGCCGCCACCAUCCCCGAAUCUGCGCAGGCAGAUUCGGUCGCCCAACAGCACACUGGUGCAGAGCUGGAGGACACCCAAAUAGCAGAACGCACUACUUCUGAGGCAGCCAAAGAUGUUGCUGCCUCGAACGCCCUUGAGCUGUUGGAUGCCCCGAAUGACGAAGCAACUGCCAUGGAUGAAGGGGCAGGCCUGGAAACCAACACUGAAAUAACUGAAGCAAAGGCAGACUUUUCAGCCAUGGUCAAACGCAGUCGACCGCCAUCUGGCAGAGCAGCCAAAGAUGCUGCUGCUACCAAGUUGCAGUCGCGACAGCGUGGCAUCAUGGCCCGUUCGAAGAUGGCGACCCUUCGUGCCACUCGUGCCAGUGGUGCAUCUGAAGCUCCAAAGGAUGUGAGCUACCAACGCAUCAAACAGCCUCUAGCGCCAGCAAAGAGAGAGGAGCGUGAGAGGGCAGCCAUCAAAUUGCAGGCAUUGGAGCGUGGUGUUCUGGCACGCAGCAGAGUGCAGCGCUUGAAAGAUGCGCGGGCCAUGACUCUGGCUCCUCAGGAAGAGAAGAAGGCCGACACGUAUCGCCAAGUGCUUGGGAUUUUAGAUGGUUUCUCUCGGUUGCUCUUUCGCAGCAGUUUGUUGUUGCGUUUUUUUAAGACUUUGUCGGAUUGA